UGGAAAACAGAAGCAGUUCUAACUUUGCGAUCUGGAUGUGCACGUUGUUUUGUAAAUUCAUUACAUAAAUACAAAAAAAAAGUGCAUCGAAGAUGUACGCCCUGCUCCGUCGGUUUGCCGGGGUCUCCACCAACGGCGGUCCCUUGAGGAGCUAUGCAUCCUUCACGCCCAAAGAUGUGAUGCGGAGUACCGCCGAAGAGACCGGCACCCUGCUCACCCGCUUUGCCAAGCACAUUGCGCUGGAGCGGUACAGGGAUCCGGAGCACGUGCUGCCCAAGACGACGGUCCGGUACGCCGACUUUUUCCCCAUCACGGACGACCGGUACUUCCAGAGGACCGUGCAGAAGACGGAGGCGGCCCAACUGCCCGCCCUGAUCAUCCAGGCCUCCAGCUAUCGCUCCAAUGCGACGGUGCCCAUGUUUGUGGCCGCCCUAAACGCCUUGGAUAACCAUGCAGCCAAUCAGCUGGACAAAAUGGAGACCAGUACGGUGCUGGAGACGCUCUACUCCUUCCUGUUCCUCAUGCCCAGCUGGUUGAAGCGAACGGACUUCUAUCACUCAGCCAUGAUGCGAUUGGUAAAGGAGGAUUUCCGCGCCAACAAGGAGCGAUUCGUCCAGGUGUGCUUCUAUCUGGGUCUGCAGAAGAAGCAGGCCAAAUCAUCUGAGGACUUUCAGCAGCUGCUUGAAGAGCAGCUACCCGCUCAUUUGCCCGCCUUAAGUGAACUGGACCUCGCUGUGAUCAGCAAUGCGGCCUACAAGACCUCCACUUUGGUUACGGGCCACGCCCGGAGUGCCUAUGAAUCCUCCCUCGUUAAUGCCACAUUGAGUGUACAGCUCAAUGCCGGAAAUGACGCCUUGCUGAUCUCCUAUGUCAAGGCUUUGCGGUUGCAGCGUGUGAAGGACGAGCGAGUGUGCCAGCAUUUGCAGGAUAUAUGCCUGGAUCCUGCGAGGAUAGCGCUUAUUGAGCCCCGGGGCUUGGGCCACAUCUUCGCAUUCUUUGCCGAGCAACUCUGGGACCAGAAGGAGUGCUUGGCCAUCGUUAUAGAGCGACUGAUGACUCUGCUGAAGCCCGGAGACCUGCGCGCCAAAGACUUGGCCACAUUCCUGUGGGCCAGUGCCCAACUCAAUUGUGAAUUAAAUCCGCAGCAAAUCAGACAACUCGAGCUAGCUGCCCUUCGAAAAUUGGAUCAUGGGGAAUAUGAUUACUUCCCGGACAACCUUGUAGACACCUGCCUAUCAUUGUGCACCUUGGGCCACUACUCUAAGGACCUGAUUGAUGCAGCCGAAGAACUGAAGGCCGCCCAAAGAAAACAGAGAGCCCAGCCUAAGGUUGAUAGUCGAUUAAAUGUCCUGCGGUCCGCUGUAGCCAUCGAGCAGCCAACGAUGGCAAAACUCAAGACGGAACAAGCUUUUAAGGAGUUCAAUCCCGCACCAGCCUAUUUGCUGAGGGAUCGCCCAGACUUGACGAAGUAUGCGCAGGAGCUAAGUGGAGAUGCUGAAGUAGAGGGCGUGGACUUGGUCUGCCCCAUUGCUGCAAUAAAUCUGCCUUGUCUGCGAGUUCAGACAAUGGGGGACCAGGAAAGUGUGUAUUUCGUAGAACUGCUCACUACGGAACAGACCCUAAAGUUCAGCAAGAAUCCCACAUCGUUAAUGCGUCUCAAGAAGAGGCUGCUGGAAUCCCUUGGCCGAAAAGUAGUUGUGUUGAACUCCGCGGAUAUGGUCACCAGUGCCAAAGAACUGCAUCAGCUCUUAAAACCACAAGCAGAUAGACGAGAAGAAUCCGAGGUUGCCCAAGGCUUGGCCAACUGAAUCGUGUGAUAUAGGCUAGUUACAAAUCGUAGCUUUAUUUUUAUUUAACAGUGUUUUAUGUACUUGUACAUAUUCUUUAAAUAUUAAUAGCACUAAACAUAA